GUAAAUAAGGGAACUGUUAUGCAAAUGUGAGGAGAGUCAAGGCCAAGGGUUAAAUAGCAUUUAUUUCUCUUCUUUCUCUAACUUUCAUUUGUUUGGAAGUAGGGGGAGGGGGAGAUAGCCGGAGAUAGCCUUUCCAGACAGAAGGAUUUUGAAAGUUUGUAGCUGGUCAUUGAAGAAGAUUACAGGAAGGCACAAGAAUUUAAAGUCGUGAGGAAAGGCAUACUCUGUGGUCAAGGACAGAUAAGGAGUACAGUGAGGCCAAGGGGAGUCUCAUAGUUUAAGCAAAAUACAAAAUGAUGUGGUAUAAAAUUUUUAAUUUUACUAUAAAUGCCUAAUGAUUACUUAGAAUUUAGUUUUUGUUAAUUUAGUCUUCACAAAGAUAACUUUCUAGGUUACAAUCAUUUUUGUUUUCUUUCCUAGACAAAAUAAUUUUAGAAGAGUAUUUGUCUAGAUGCUACCUACAAGUAAAUACUUGUUAGCUGCCUUGAGGCACUCUGGUGAAUUCUUUCGGUUUGGCAGUCAGUACCUCAGCUGCAGGAACGUUCCUGUUUCCUUUGGCUAAGUGGAAACUUCGAAAGGUUUGUAGUUUUUGAAACGAGAUUGAAUUCCUUCAAGUUUGUAACCUAGGACACUUAAGAACUUGGAUUUGAGUUCCCAGAAUGGUUAUACAUAAAAUAAAAGAUCAAGUGCUCACAAGGUUAAAUUUCCUGAAAGCCUUACUGGAUGUAAGACAAAGGCGGGGUAUAAAACGAAAAUAAAAGUCUGCUGAGUUAGAGAGGUCAUUCUUUCUAUCUUACUCUGCACUCAAGACUGCUCCUGUCUGCCGACAGAAACAGAUUGGAGCCAUGGCUUUGGAACACAACCAGUCAACAGAUUACUAUUAUGAGGAAAAUGAAAUGAAUGACACUCAUGACUAUAGUCAGUAUGAAGUGGUCUGUAUAAAAGAAGAGGUCAGAAAAUUUGCAAAAGUUUUCCUGCCUGCCUUCUUCACAAUAGCUUUCAUCAUUGGACUUGCAGGCAAUUCCAUAAUAGUGGCGAUUUAUGCCCAUUACAAAAAGCGGCGAACCAAAACAGAUGUGUACAUCCUGAAUUUGGCAGUGGCAGAUUUACUCCUUCUAUUCACUCUGCCUUUUUGGGCAGUUAAUGCAGUUCAUGGGUGGGUUUUAGGGAAAAUCAUGUGCAAAGUCACUUCAGCCUUGUACACGGUCAACUUUGUCUCUGGAAUGCAGUUUCUGGCUUGUAUCAGCAUAGACAGAUAUUGGGCAGUAACUAAAGCCCCCAGUCAAUCGGGAGUGCGAAAACAAUGCCGGCUCAUCUGUUUCUGUGUCUGGAUGGCUGCCAUCUUGCUGAGUAUACCUCAGCUGGUCUUUUAUACAGUAAAUCACAAGGCUAGGUGCAUUCCCAUCUUUCCAUACCACCUAGGAACAUCAAUGAAAGCAUCAAUUCAAAUGCUGGAAAUCUGCAUUGGAUUUGUAAUACCCUUUCUUAUUAUGGCAGUGUGCUACUUCAUCACAGCAAAGACACUCAUCAAAAUGCCAAACAUUACAAAAUCUCGGCCCCUCAAAGUUCUGCUCACAGUGGUCAUAGUUUUCCUUGUCACUCAGCUGCCUUAUAACAUUGUCAAGUUCUGCCAAGCCAUAGAUAUCAUCUACUCCCUGAUCACCAACUGCGACAUGAGCAAACGUAUGGAUGUCGCCAUCCAAAUCACAGAGAGCAUUGCACUCUUUCACAGCUGCCUCAACCCGGUCCUGUAUGUUUUUAUGGGAAACUCUUUUAAAAACUACAUCAUGAAAGUUGCCAAGAAAUAUGGGUCCUGGAGAAGACACAGACAAAAUGUGGAGGAGAUUCCUUUCGAUUCUGAAGAUGCUACAGAGCCAACCAGUACUUUCAGCAUUUAAAUAUAAAACUGCUCUGUUUCUUGCUUUGAUACACAUGAAUGAGGCUUCUACCUCAGAUCAAACAUCUGCAUUUUUCUGAAAUUCAAAUCUCAAACACUGUGGUGGAAACUUAUAACAAGGAAGAGGUUAGGGUGGGGAAGGGGAGUAGGGUAGAAGCCAAGAAAAAGAGGAAGCAAAAAAUAAAUGCAUAAAACAGGGAAAUUAAAAUUAACAAUAUAGGAAAAUAGUACUAACAGUCUUACAUAAGAAAAACACUAUAAGUUAGGUCAUCUAAAACAGAUUAUUAAAGAAAUUUAAAUUAAGGGGCAUUUAUAAUUAUUUUAAAUUAUCUAAAUUUUAACAUAAGAACAAUUUCACUGUAUAAUUUUAGUACUUGAAUAACUAUGCAGCAAAAUUCAAUGUCUUUUUAUUUUUCUUGUUUCUUAAUUUGUAAGAGAUUUCAUAAAACUCCAGAAAGAAUAACAAUUGGCAAUAAAAAAAAAACCCCAAAAAAA